AUCAGAGUUGGCGGUAUUUUGAAAAAGGAGCGUCUGUUGUUUUUGUCGGCGUGUUGAAGAAAAACGGUUAAAUUUACAAAUUAUGGGUGAGGUGAAGUCGGGCGGGCAGGAAGCAGCUGAGCUGUCAGAGGCUGCUCAGACUGAGCUGCUGGAGCUGUGUGAGGAUCAGUUUGCUCAGCUGGAAAAGCUCCAAAAUGAGAUUAUUCUGUGUGAACCAGAUUUUUGUGAGGAUCCUCAAGAGCAGUCUGUAAAUCGACUGAUGGCAACAGAGGCUGAACUGAAGCAAUGGCUGACGGAGGAGCCGAAAUUGCUGGCGUCAAAUCCAGAAGUUUUACUUCAAGCUGGAAAAGAGGAGAUGCUCAAGCUGUGCUCUGAACUGGAGAUGGUUGUUUCGUGCCAUGAAGCAAAGAGAGACAAACUGAGAGAAACUAAAGAGCUUGAACUGAAGUGGUUGGAGGAGAAGAAACAGGUGCUGAUAGCUGCAGAUGACCAUGUCAAACGACUUCAGAUGGAAAAGGGGAAAUCAACAGAGCACAGCAUAUUGCAGGACACCAAAGAGAAAAUCCAGAAAAUGAAGAUGUACCAGGAAAGGUUGAUGGAGUCUUUGGGGGACGUUCUGGAGGAGCAUGUCCCUCAACUUCAGAAUGAAUCCAGUGCAAACAAGAAAAAGAAGAAUGUUACUCAGGAGUUAGAUGAAGACUUGAUUUCACUUAAUGAAAUUCUUGAGCUGCUCAUGAACAAGGUCCUGACGACACCCCACGACCCCUACGUAACCAUGGACAACACAUUCUGGCCCCCGUACAUAGAGAUGCUGCUCCGCUAUGGCAUUGCAGUGCGGCACCAAGAGAAUAACUGCAAGAUCCGCCUGGAAACCUUUUGUUAAGGCAAUGUUGCAUUAGGACUCUCGAGCACCACUUAUCUGCUAGUGUUUCUAAUUUCAGUCUGCUUAUAUAGUGCUAUUUAUAUUAAUGCAAGCUGAUAUGAAUUAUAGAGUGCCUGAGGAGUGAGUCCUAAAAUCUGGAAAUGAGUGAGUACUUUAGCACUCCCAGUUCCCUUGUCUCGAAGUCAAUGGGUUUUUGGUCAGAUGCCUGAAAUAAGGUCUGUGGUUGACACAAGCUUAAGAGACUUUCACAU